UCCGUUCGCGGUGUCUUGCGGUUUUGCUCGGCCAUGUCUGAGCCAGCUCAGCAGCCUGCUCCCGGGGCUCCCGAAGGAGGGGCUCCCGAAGGCGGUGCUCCCGAAGGGGCAGCCCCCGGUGGGGGUCCCCCCGGGGCUCCCCCCAAUCUGACCAGCAAUCGCCGCCUGCAGCAGACGCAGGCCCAAGUGCAGGAGGUGGUUGAUAUAAUGUGUGUAAACGUAGACAAGGUGCUGCAACGAGAUGAGAAGCUGUCAGAGCUGGAUGACCGGGCAGAUGCACUUCAGGCCGGCGCCUCAGUGUUUGAAAGUAGCGCAGCCAAACUCAAAAGGAAGUACUGGUGGAAGAACUGCAAGAUGAUGAUCAUGAUGGGAGUGAUUGGUGCCCUUGUGGUGGUGGUGAUUGCAAUCUACUUUUUUACCUAAAUAUAGCUCCUUCAGUCUGCACCCUCCUGUCCCCUGUUACCAUGCCUGUCUCUUCUUGCCUCUGAAUUUUUCCUUUCCUUCCCUUUCACCUAGCUUCUUCAUUGAUUUCUUUAUUGGUUUUAAUUUAUCUUCCAUAUAGGGCUCUGAGCCGCUUACUAAACAUAGGUAGACUUUUCAAUAGCUGCUGCAGCUUUAGGGAGCAUCCUCUAAGUUUAGAGGAAAGGGAAGUUGAGGAAGAGUGGGUAGCUAUUUGCUGCUGCUCUUCUGCAGAGAUUUUUUUCUGUUUCUUUUUGGGUGUAAGCUUGUCAAAUAGUGCCUGUGUGAACUCUAGCAAAAUAAGAAUGCCUUAACACAGUGCCUUUUGGGAUGAAGGACUUCAGCAUGUGAGAGCCUUUAGUGUUCUGCCUAAAAAGAGUGGCAGCAUGACUUGAGCUUUUCAUUGAGCUUCUGAAAUAAAAGCUAGUUUGUGUUGGCCAGUGGCUGUGAGCCAUCUAAGCUACACGUAGUGAUGUAGGUUUCUCUAGCCAUGGAGAGGUGAGCACUUGAAGAAAUGAUUUAUUCUGCCUGUCCUUAUUUCCAGAUGACUUGCUGCCUGCACAUGGCCAUUUCAGUUUUUAUAAAGGAGGGCCUACAUGAUUACCUCAGUCAAGUGCAACAGGCUAAACACAGUUAAGUGAAAGGAGCAUUGCUACUAUCAAAAAGGCACUUGUGGGAGUAAAGUCUCUCUCCACAAGGAACAAAUGAACAACAAUUAGUCUGGUGGGGAGUGUCAAAUAUGCCUUUCAUCUAUGCACACACAAGCCAGGACCCUGUAGCUUCCUGCUGUCUUGUAGCUUUCCAGAAAGAAGACUUUGGAGUAGUGGCAGGAUGGGAAUUGGUGUUUUGCUUUUGUGUGACUGGGUUGAAUGUCAAGGAAGCUCACUGCCAUAGCAAAUAGAGGUGAAGGGGGCUGGAGGUAUUCCAGAUGAGACUGAAUGAGCUGCACAGCUUUCUGAUUAGAUCAGAUUCUGAUACAGUUAUCUGCUCUGUAUCUGCUGCCACAAAGCCCUAACUUUCAGCAGGAGUUAGAAAACACUUGAAAUGGUUAGCUGGGGAUUCAAAGGGAAAUGGUGGUCUGGGCAAGGAUAUUGCAAAGUAACAUCAGAUGUCCCAGUUUGGCAACUUAUGCCUCUAGAGAUCUUACUGACCAAACUGAAUCCCCCUACUUGCUAUGGUUCUCUUGAAUUUAGGUCCAGGGUGGUCUCUGAUGGAAGUAAACUUGUGGCUGUGGCUUUCUGUGAGUGAUUCCCUUGUUCUUCUCCAUCAAAAGUAACAA